UCAGCAGUAUGGUGUCAAAAUUCUGAAGAUUUUGAGUUGCUUUGUAUAUGGAAUCGAAUCCCAUCAUUUUUGUUUGGAAUUAUUGUCUUUUUGUUUCUCCCGUGGUGUAGUCUGAAACUGGGGAAUAAUAUUCAUACUAGUUUAUUCUUUCGUCUUUUAUGUUACGAUUCAGUUAGUAAAAAGAAUUGGGGUUCAAUAAAUCUGGUUACAGCUUCGGAAAAGUCAUUGGCAUGUAGUUCAGCAACAAAGGUAGUGGUACUGACCUCGGUCAGUCUUCACUUGAACAUAUUUUGGACAACUUUGAUGUGGAUAAUCGCAAUUGUCUCUCUUCCUGGACGAAUUUUAGCUGCUUUACGGAGGGAAAGGCAGUUGCAACAAUAUUUGCAAUUUCUGGAAAUCGAGUUUGAUAAUGUUUUGCUGGAAAGAAAGGAGCUCCAAAAACAAUUCCAGGCUGCUUUGAAGGAGCAUAAGAUGAUGGAAUUGAUGUUGGACGAACUUGAAAUGAUACAUGAGAAGGCAACCAACAAGAUUGCACUCUUAGAAAGUGAGAUGCAGAAAUUGAGGAAUGAAAAUCUUCGACUGCAAGAAAUCAAGGGUAAGGCUUAUUGGAGCUUAAAAGGACUUGAUGUCAAAAGUGAAGAACAAAAAACUGGCAGAGUUGACAGGGACAUUACCUACGGUAUCUCAUCAUGCUCAUCCAGCUAUAGUAGGAGCAGUGUUGUUCAAGACCUCUGUCAAAUUGAUGCUUUGAAAGAUGGUAGUAUAUCUAAAGAAAAAUUGGUCAAAAUCUUAGAAUCUGGGUUAAAAUCUGGCGUGCUCAUCCAUUCUCAUACUGAAAUCCUAUCAAAAGAUGAAUAUGUCACUGAACUUCUUGAUGAGCAAAGGGAGGUUGCAAUUUCCAGAAGUCUAUUCAGUAUCCUUUUGUCACUUUUGGUUGGAGUGAUUAUAUGGGAAGCUGAAGAGCCUCACUUGUGCCUUGUAGUGGCUCUCAUGUUUGUGGUUAGCAUCUCGUUGAAGAGCGUAGUUGAGUUUUUCACGACUAUUAAGAAUAAACCUGCUUUGGAUGCUGUCGCUCUUUUGAGCUUCAACUGGUUCGUGCUUGGAAUACUGGCCUACCCAACACUGCCAAAUAUUGCUCGUUUUCUUGCUCCUUUGGCCUCAAGGGUUGUUGAAUGGCUUGGUUUCUCCACUUCCUGAUUUGAUCAGAACUGCUUGGCUCAGCACGCAGCAAGUCGAGAGGUACAUCACCUUAUACCACAAGACAGACAUUAGAUCAUAAAACUUUAUCUUCUAGUCGUGAAUUCUCUACAUAGCAUGUGAUAUAGAGGUUUUAAAGAAGUUUAUUCGUCUUUACCAUGAUCUUGUUGUAUAUGUUUGUGGGAGUUUCUUGAUUUUUUUUUAAUUUUUUAUACUUGAAGAUGUGGAUGCUAGAGUGUUUUUUUAGGGCCGUUUAUAUCAUGUAAAUAAGUAAAACUUUCUACUUGAAUCUAACUUAUCGGUUCACUUUUUGUAUGAAUGAUUGGUUUGUUGUUUA